AAGCUGGAGUCUCUCGGCCGUCUCUCGGUGAACCUGCAGCUGGGACCGAGCAUCCGUGGUGAUCGCCGCGUGGGUUCUCGCCUGGCGUCGGCCCGGAACCUCGAUGAAGUGGUUACUGCUGCGGAGCCAAACAUGGAUGUUGGCGAAGGCUCGACGCUGGACAUGGCAACUAUGCGCGCCCGGCUGCACUCUGCUGAGUCAGCGGAGGCUGCUGCAGAGAAUCGGUUGCGGUCGCAGACGUACUCUUUGGAGAACCAGAAGGUAUUCUUGAAGAACGCAAACGACGGGAUCGCACAGCUGAAGAAGGAUGUCGCGCAUCUUCGUCAGCUGGAGGUUCAUUACAUCGUCGAGCUCGAGUCGUCGAACGCCGCCGUGGAUGGCCUCAGAGAGUGUUCCGAGCGGCAGGAGAAUCGUGUCAGGGUGGCCGAAGACUCACAAGCCCGGGCUCUAGCUCAGUUGAAACGUGAGCAGGAGGUCUACAAGGCGGCCGUUGCUUCGUCGACUGCUCAAAGCAGGCGCUUGCACAAUCUGCUGGCUCGCUCAGACGCCGCCGAUGACACCGCACCAGCUCGCCAUCGCCGCCGCAAUGAGGACCUCGAAGAGCAAGUGAAGCGGCUCCCCCGUGCCAACAAGACGUUUCGCGCUCACGUGCAGCUGGAAGAUAUGGACCCCGACGUCCUGGUCCUCGCC